UUUGUUUUUUGAUUUCCAUUACAAAGCGGUUGUACGUCUUUGAUUGACAACUUGAUCGACACCUUCGCAACCAACAGCAUUGAAAAGGUUUAUGAAUUAGUUAAGCGACAGAGUUGUAUGGUCGGGUUAUUUUGCUCAGAGAGUUAACAGGGCAGCCUAUCGGUCGUCAUGAAACAUGGCCACAAGUUCUAAAACGAUCCGUGACUGCACCAGAACACCAAAAUGUUCUAUUCUACUUAGCAAUGUACUUGGGAUUUCACUUACUCCGUCUUCUCUAGAUGUUACUGACCAGAACGGUACCACAAAUGACCCAAAUAAACCACAACAAUAUGCAGGGAAGGCUCUGUUCGAUUCCUUCAUAGAAGAGAACAAAUCUACCUUACACACCAGACUCAACGAAAGCCUGUCAGAAAUUCGCUUCGCAGGAUGGAUUCAGCCAUUUACUCUUCUCGCUAAAGGUCCGCUUGAAGACUUGGAGGUUAUAAAAGAAGCAUGGCGGAGACGAUUCCUACGGAGCCCGAAAGAGUUCAAUAUACGCGAGCUCGGAAUGAUCAAGUCUGUCGACACGGAGAUCGUCCAACAGGCACCAUUUUUACCUCUGACAAAAGCUGUUUACGAAGCAAUAGCAGCAUUGAACAAAAACAACCUCCCAAGUAGCCAACAACAUGUGUUUGAGUACCUCGCACAUACGUACCAGUACGUGCACGUGCCUAAACCGAACGUCAUACGAGAUUCCCUCGGAAUACUGUUCAAGGAAGGCAAAGUCUAUUCGUCGGGAAAUGAUUACUUUGUGCUGGUAGACAGCCAAAGUGACAUCUCUGAAGACAACAAGAAGGAAAAGAAAACGACAUCUGUGAAAGAAAAGACACCGCAUGAAAAACAUGUCCCGUGUGUUGUUUGCGAAUCUACCAAUCAUAAACUGAAUUCUACGCAUGCGCAAAAAGUACAAACUUCCAAAGGGAAAGAGCAUGCGCCUUUGUGUGAGAAGCAUAAAAGAGGAGAGAAAAAGACCAAUAAUAAGGGGAGUUCUUCAAAGGAGAGUAACUCGCUAAUUAGCAAGGAAUAUAAAGACUUGAAAUCCGAUAAGAAAGAAAAGAGAACUAAUACUUCUUCUAGAAGUGAAAAUCAUUCAAAAAAGAUGAAUGACAAGACUCCAAAAAAGAGUGUUUGGGGACAAAUAGCUUGCUUUAUUAGAGGCAAACAUGGUGGAGCAGCCUCAGAAACAGGUCCACAUCAAAAACCUGAUAGUAUGAAUGAUAAAAAUGUCGAGUCUGCGGUGCCAGGGAGCGAUGCCAUACCUAUAGACCAACCAGGAUCUAGUGUUGAUAAAAUAUUAGAAUCAAAAGUCGAGCCAGAUGAGAAAAGGAAAGCAUUAGAUUCAGCAAAUGAAAGCCAGGGCGAAAACCCUGCACAAAUCCAAAGGAGUAAUUCUUUUGCUGCCCGCAACAAAAAACGUCCCAAUCUGGUCCGAAGUAAUACGUUUACUGCAGGCAGUAGCAACAAGGCGCCAAGACCAGUUGAUUAUGAUAUUAUUACAUCGAGAAUAGAUGAACAGAGUACAGGAAUUUCAACACCCAACCAGCACCUUACACGACCUUUGUCGAGGGAAUACGCUAAGAAAUCUUCACUAUCUGAGAAAGCCAUAUAUUUCAAUACUAGUGAUUUUGUCAGGCAAAGCACACCUGUCAAAGAUGCUGAAAAAAUCACUUCUAAAAACAACGUUUUGCCACAAAAGCCCGAUUCGUUUAGAGAAAGAAAUAGCACAAAUAAAAUUAGAGAAGCAGAAAGAUUUCCCCCUACGAACCAAGCUAAACUUGACUAUCCAAGAGACAGAAACAACGCAUGCGCAGUAGGCAUCGUAAGGCCGUGGAGCUCGCAUGCGCAGACUACACGUCUAGACAGUAGACCAGUAUCGAGAACUAACUCCAUGAAAGAAACACGUCAAUUUUCGCUGUCUGCGUCUUGUACUCCAACUGGUGACGCUAAUAAACCCGCAUUACGUGAGAACAGAGAUAUCAAGCGGAGCCUUUCGUUGAGGGAGAAUAGAAAAUCUGACUGCACCCCACAGGCGUUACAACGAUAUGCUGGUAGCGAGAAUCGCGACUUUUACAUCGGUGAAUCACCACUCAAGCAACUUCUGACUAAGAAUACGGGGAAUACACUUCCUGUGUCACCUAGCCAUCCAAACUACAUCCCAGCAAUACAAGACCGAUCUAGAAACUCCACACCUAACAGAAAUUCAUUCCCGUCGGCAAAUAGUUCAUUGAAGAGGAAUUCCUGGCACGAGGCGUCGCUCAAUGAAUGUGAUGAAAAUUAUAGUCACGCGUCUUCUCAGAGGACGGGAUUUUCAUACCAAGACGAGAAGCCGACAAAACGACAUGAUGUGUUUUCCUUUGAUUACAUGAACAGGAAUCAUUUCAGCAAAGGCAUGAUUCCCUGCGAUUGCAGUGACGCUGGUUAUAGUGAGAAUUACGAACGAAGAUCGGCAUCCAGCGAUCCGUACUACAAUACCCCUUCCAGUGUUCACAAAGACGAACGUUCAUCGAUUUACUCUAACAGUGACUAUGGGAUUUUAUUGGAUGAGGUAUCAUCUUCGGGUUCUUCCGAGAUUCAAUCGAUUAUGAAUCAGGAAAAAAAGCUAGAUAACAAAACAAUGACUCCUUAUACUGUCGCGAAAGGAGAAGUUGUGCUGGAUUCUAGUCUUACAUUUAUUGGAAUUAUUUAAAACGUUCAUACACUCUUAUUACUAUAAUCUUGAAAGAAUUUAUUUUUUUGGGUAUAGAGCUUAAAAGCGAGUAAAAUUUAAAAUGUCAAAUCAACCAAUUUCGAUUAUAUUUAUCAGGUCAACUUAACAAAAGUGUUCGUAAUCUAUAUGUGGCUCAACAUAUAACUGUUAUGCUUCCCUAGAAUAAAGCUUGAAUUGCCGUCUGACACAACCGCAAUCCAAAAAAACAAGAAGUGCACAAUCUAUUUGUUUAAGUCACUAAAAUGUAUUAAAGGUUUCUUCACGGUGGUUAAUUUUUAAACAAUCUUAUUACCUAGCCUGCGUACAGACGUUGCCCUACCCCUCCCUCUGCGGGAGAAAACGGUGAAGGGAACUCGUUCCUUGAGCUCCAGCUUUUUAUAUUUUCUAAAGAGCAAUUGCUUUUUUUAUUUAUGUAUUCACUUAUUAUAGAAGCAAGACAUAUAUUUAUUCAGCAAUAAAAGAAACUAUUUCCCAAUCCAUGACCAAAAUGUUCGUGAGCGUCUAAUUCGCUGAGCUUAGUAUUUUGUGCUGUUAGAUUAAAAAAAUGAAAGUUCCGUUCAGCCGUUAAAUGAUUCCCAGACUCAGCUGCAAGCUCAUUUUGUGCCUUUAAUUAUGUUUCUACGUUAUUAUCAAUUAUUAUCAUUAUCAAUAUAGUAACGUUUUCACAUUUUAAGGAUAUUUAUGGCAAUAAAGAAGUUUCUAUUUUCA